AUGGAUUCGCCUGAUAUGUCCAAGUUGAACGUGGGUCAACUUCUUAUCGGUGGUUUCCAAGGUACCACCGUGACACCGCAAGCCUACCACCUCAUAGUGGAACACAGAGUAUCGACAAUGUUUUUAUCAAGAAAGAAUGCCGUCAAUGUUGAACAAAUGACAAAGCUUAUAAAAGAUUUACAAUAUAUUGCUUAUAGCCAGGGACAUAAAUACCCCAUUUUGUUUGCCAUGGAUGAAGAAGGUGGCAUGAUGAACUCAUUAUUUGACCCAGAUUUCUUAACUCAGUACCCUGGUGCCAUGGCUUUGGCUGCCACUGGUGAUCCGCAAUUGGUGUAUGAAGUAUCCAAAGCUGUAGCAAUUGAGCUCAAGAAGAUUGGGUUUUCAAUAAUAUUGGGCCCAGUAUUGGAUGUUGUUACUAAACUUUCACAUCAAUUGGUUGGGGUUAGAAGUUUUGGAACUACUGUAGAAGAUGUUGUCAAAUACGGGAUGAUGUGUGCUAAGGGUUUGCAAGACGGUGGGUUGUUUACUGUCGGGAAACAUUUCCCUGGUAUUGGAAACGCCACCGUUGAUUCAUUGUUAGAACUACCAAUGAUUGGAGAUUCAUUAGACCAAGUUAAAAAUUUCAAUAGUGUCCCCUUUGCCAAAUUAAUUGAGCAAGGAGUAUUAGAUGGUGUCAGUGCAGCUGGAUGUGCUGUGCCUAACAUUAGUCCCGAUGAAACCCAUGCUUGUUUAUCGCCCAUGAUCAUAAAUCAGCUUUUAAGAAACGAGUUAAAGUUCGAUGGGUUUGUUGUCAGUGAAUGUUUAGAAAUGGAAACAUUGUAUCAUUCAAUAGGUUUAGGACAAGGUGUGGUUUUAGCUAUAUCUGCUGGGUGUGAUCUUGUUAUGGUUUGUCAUGAUCUCGCUUUACAGAAUGAAGCAGUGGAAUCCAUGAGAAAAGCAGUCCAUAAUGGUGACUUGGAUGAAGAAAUUAUCUUGGCUAGUAUUGCUAGAAUUGAAAAAUUGCAAAAGAAAUCACCAACUUGGUCCGAUUUAUUCCCACGAGGAGAAGCAUCGGCGAAAGAAGAUAAAAUUUCAUUAUUCAAAUAUGAAUAUCCAGAAUUAUGGCAACAUCAUCAAAAGUUAUCAUCGAUGGCUUAUCAAAAGUCAAUUACGUUGGUUCGUGAUUUUAAUGGAACUUUACCAAUUUCAAAAUUCUUAGCUCCUUUAAAUGAAAAUGAAUCUGGAGAGCAACAAGUGGAUUCGAUUCUAUUAUUAACCCCCUUGUUAAAUCCAAUAUACCAAGUUAAUCCGGAGCAUGAUCACGACAAGGAAAAAGACGAUGAUAGUUCUACAAGAUCUCCUUCACCUGGUAACAAACAUGGACAACCUCGUUUAUUUACAGGAGAAGAAGUUUUCCAAAAAUUUGGUGAUUUAUUGGCUAACCAUCCUAUCAACAAGUCCAAAUCUUACAAUGUCCUUCAUACUACAUAUACCGCCAAUGGGUUAACACCGUUACAUGAAUCCUUGAUUGAAUCUUCCAAGAUUGUUAUUGUCUUGACUAGUGAAGCCAGCAGAAAUAUGUACCAAAUAGGUAUCGUGAAGUAUGUUUCGAUUUUGUGUGGAGCCAAUCCAGCAUCGUUCAGCAAAGGAGGACAAGCGACUUAUUCGCAGUUAACAAAACCAUUGAUCAUAGUAGCAACUUCGUCACCCUAUGAUUUCUUCUACAGCAGAAGUAUUGGUAGUGUUUAUAUGUGUUGUUAUGACUAUACUAAUAACGCAUUGGAAAAAUUGGUUGGGGCAAUAAUGGGAGAUUUUGACCCAGAAGGAUGUAUACCUGGUGAAAAGAAGUUUUUGAUUAGGAAACGAAGGUUAACUGAUGAAUUGAAUAGUCCACCUUCGUCAAUCAAGGCACCUCCUGGAAAAGUUACUUUGCCUAAGAGAAGGUGGUUGGUGGAUGAAUUAGAUUUGAAACGAGAUUGGACCAGUUUGGUGAAGUUAUGGAAAACCAAUACUGGGGAGGUUUCCGGAUAUAAUGAGAAUAAGAACAAGAUUGAUUAUCAAGCUGAACGAUUCUACAAGCGGUUGUAUGGAUUAUUAGCAACCACUGCUAAACAACAGAAGCAUUUUGUGGUUCGUAAUUCAUCAUUGAAUAUCUUGUAUGGUGUAGUCUUAACAUGGGCUGAUGAAACACCUGUGAGUAACGAUUUGACUGGUGAUGGACAUGAAUUACCUAAAACAGGUCAUAUAUUGUUUAUUUUGGUUGAUAAAUCAAAGAGGUUGCAAAGUGUAGGUAAAAACUUACAUGCAAGAGCCAUCAGAUACUUGAUUAAGGAACAAGGAUGUACCAGUAUCAAAUUGGGAGGUUCAUUUCCCCUUAUUAUGGCACAUGAUAAUUCCAACCUUAAUAAUAGCAGAGUUCGAGCAUUUAUGAAUGGAGUUGGUUGGAAUUUGUCCCUGGAAGGGCAAAGAUCGCGCAAGAAGAAGAUUAUGAUUAUACGUAAUUUAGAAAAUUGGGUUGUUCCGAAAAAGAUAUUCCAUGAAUUGAUGAUUGUUGGUGUAAGAUUUGAUAUUUGUAAUGAUUCCGAGAAAUUGAUGACCUUGAUUGAAUCUUCCAUUAACGAUAAUCUUGAUGACGAAGAUGCAUGUUUAAACAAGAGUAAUUUAUAUCUUGAAGCUAUUAAACAUAUAAGAAACCAGUCACCAUUAGGAGUCAAGAUUAUUAUUGCCCUCGAACCAACACAUCAAAAGGUUAUUGGUAGUAUUAUAUUUUUCACCAAUAAGUCGCAAUUUUCCAAGUUUUAUCCAUUCAUUGAUGAAUGUGUUGACACAUCGAAUGAAAAAGAUAUCCCGUUGACUGGUGGUAUUAUUGGUCCUGUGAUUGACCCGCUGUAUUCCAACCUUGCUGAUAUUUUCAAGUAUGGUUUAAUUUGUAGUGCAAUUACGUUUUUGAAAUCUUCAAUGAAUGAGGAUUCACAGAUCGAUCAAUGUGUUAUGGUGGAUGUUCUCGAUGAUAAGACUAUUUCUGGGGUUAAAGAGAUUGGAUUUGACGAGUGGAAAUCUUAUUAUGAUUAUUAUGAUAAACGUACCAACCCGGAGAAGGUAUUUUUAACAUGA